AUGAAGAAGAGGAAGAAUGAGAGGGAGGUGUGUGGGCUGUGGUCGUUGCCAGAUGAUGUGUUUCAUUUGGAGUGCCUGACUCGGUUGUCGAGAUUAGACCUCGUGGCCUUUGCGAUGGCCUCCAAGAGGCACCGGAAUGUAGCAGCGGCGCAUAUAAUCAGCGAUUUGAGGUCUCGGAGGAGGGGUUGCGUCGAGCUAUAUAUGUACGUAUUUAUACACAUGUAUCCAGACCCAAGCCCACGGUGGUUCCUCCUCCACCCCGUGCAACGUCGGCUGAAACGGAUCAAUUUGGACUACUCGUAUCCUGUAGCAGGAUCCUGUUUCGUGUGGGAUGAGUGGGGUGUCUUUGUUAUCGGUGGACUCAUCAACGGCAAACCCACAUCGGAAGUCACCUUGUUUGACUUUACCGAUCACACUGUGAGCCCCCUUAAGCCCAUGAAGAUGGCUCGAAGCGGAGCAUCGAUAGACGAGAAGAAGAUUUACGUGUUUGGAGGAUGCUGGGAUGUCGCUGAUUCCUCAAACUGGGUAGAGGUAUAUGAUCUCCAAACCGAUACUUGGGAGUUCUUGUCUGUCUUUACGCCUAAGAUGCCCCUCAAAAUCCAACAAAGUGUGGUGACGGACAACAACAAGCAUGUUCACGCGGUGGAUGAAGAUGGUCAAAUAUUUAACUUCUCAGCAACUGAAUGUGCGUUUGAGUCAGACGGGAGAAGAGAGUCUAACCCAGAAAAUAGAAGCAAUUGGCUUUUUGCUGUUGGUGACACGAUUUUCUGCCGUGGUACAGGCGGGAAAAUACUAUGGCGUUUUCCAUCUCAGUUGGAUUGGAAGGAAGUGCAUGGUUUGGAAGAGCUGCAGCAGCAACACUCUGGUUUUGAUAUCAUCAAAAUGUUGAUUCACUCUAAUGAGAGGAUGGCCAUCUUAUGGGAAUCCCGGACUCAAGGUCCUGAACACGUUUUGGAGCUUUGGUAUGCCGAGAUUUCCAUGGUGAGAGGAUGCAUAGACGGUGUAUUGGAGGUUGUGGGAACGAUUGAGUGGUCCGGUCCUAUCUUCUCAGACUCAUCAGUUACUGGCCUGAACUUGUUAUUUGCUGAGACUUUCUAUCUCUGA